CCGGCUACCAGGUAAAUAUAGACGGCGGGGCAGGUGGCGGGGAGUGUGGUUGUGUUUGGGCCGAGGGCGACAUAAGGGCGUCUACGCGAGCGGCUUCGCUCUCACCGCCACUUUCUUCGCACCACCCACCGCAAAAGCCCCAGCAACGCUCGCAGCAAUGGAUGACGCCUGGCAGUCUCAAGACAUGGCACCUCCGAGCAACGUCGGCGGUAUCAGCAUCCCCACGCAGGAUGUCACUAUGGGCAACGGCACUGGACUCAGCGCCGCCGACGACCAGCACUGGGCCAACGGAAGCGGCCGCUCUCCUUCCCGCGGAGGCAUGGACCCGCCCAGGAGGUCCAGUCGGAGCAGAAGCCCGGGCGCCCGCGGCGAUGACCGGAAUGGGCGCGCCGAACCCGGCCAGAACCCAGGCAACAACUUGCACAUUUCGGGUCUGAGCCACAAGGUCGACACCCGCGAUCUCGAGGCGGCCUUUACGAAGGUUGGUCGGGUCAAAAAGGCCCAGGUCAUGUAUGAUCCUCAUACGCGUGAGUCGCGCGGAUUUGGGUUCGUGACCAUGGAGUCGGUCGAAGAGGCGGAUGCCGCCAUUACUGCGCUUAAUGCUACUGAUCUUAUGGGCAAGAAUAUGACAGUGGAGAGGGUAGCGUAUUGUCUAUGCAAAGGCUCUCGCAAUGCCUUCUAAAGUUAUUCUUUCCCCGCAGGCUCGCAGAGCACGUGCUAGGACCCCGACGCCCGGGAGGUACUAUGGACCGCCGAAGCGUCAUGAGAGUACGUUCAAUUUGUCGACCGUGGCGUCCAACUAUCUAAUAGUCUAGCUGACAACGCUGCAGAUGAAAGGCCGUACGAUCCCCGCCCGUAUGACAGCCGCUACUCCCGUCCGGACGACCGCUACCCCCGCCGCCGCCACGAGGACGAUUACCGCGGUGGCGGCGGCGGCAUGCGUGACGAGUACCGCGGCGGAGGAGGCGGCGGCGGUGGCGGCGGCGGCGGCGGCGGAGG